UGAUCUUUGCAAAAUGUGUACUAAAUGUUGGCUAAGUUACAUCAGCUCACUGAGCUCUGCCCUUUAAAGGGACAGCGGAUCUCUGUGCUGCUGUCCCUAGCAGUUACAUAAUUGCCUGCAGCCAACCUUCCCCUGGAAGCUGACAGGAAGAGGCGGAGCCCACGCCGCCCAGCGCCACCAGGGAGGGAGCGGCGGCCGCUGCCGGUGAAGGCUAAAGCGGUGGCCGCUUCAUCCCGGCCACUGCUCGGUCUGGCUCGGGACUGCGCGGAUCUUCCGGGACCCUCGGCCUGGUCUGACAACGCCAUGACCCCCGCCGAGGCCCCGUCCGCCCUGGCGCUCAGGGUUGUGGGCCCUGCGGCCGCCACCCCGUACGGUGUCUUCUGCAAGGGGCUCUCCCGCACCCUGCUCGCCUUCUUCGAGCUGGCCUGGCAGCUGCGAAUGAACUUCCCGUACUUCUACAUCGCGGGCUCAGUGAUCCUCAACAUCCGCUUGCAGGGUUUCCUCUAGAAUUGCUGUGUAUUCCAGGCUAGCCCAAAACUCAUGAUCCCCCUGCCAUUGUCUUUUGAUAACUGAGCUAUGCCCACAAUAGGCUUCAUAUUUGCCAAGUGACAUUUUAAAUGUCACUGAAGUCCCCAGGUUCCCAUUACUAAAAUUUAUAGGCUAAAGGAGUACUCUGAAGGAAAAAAAAAUAGUCAAUGCUUUAUUAAUGAAGAAAUACACCUGAUGUUUUAAAGCAUGAGAAAAUUCCAACUGUAAUAGGGCAGAAAGAAUGACCAUAAAGAGAAAGAGCUGGAAACAUACUUCAGUCAGUAAAGACUGUUCUAUAAAAGCCUGAAGACCCAAGUUUGGUUCCCAGAGCCUAGUUAGCCAGGCUUGGUAGCGUGAUUGCAACCCCAGUGCUAAGGAGAGUCAGAGACAGGUCCCUGGGGUUCUCUGGCCUAGCAUACUUGGCAGAGUUCCAGAACAUUGAAGGACAGUGUUUAAACAAUAAUAUGGAUACUGCCUGAGGACUGACAUUCAGUGUCGAACCUAUAGAUACCUCCCACAUUAUCUUCCUAUUGAUAUCCUAA